AUGGCCUUGAGAACAGCAGGAAGUGUGUUGGUGGUCUUUCUCUGGUCUGUAGCAGUGGUACUGGGUCAGAAUGUCUGGAGUGUUACAUACACCACUCAGAGUAUCUGUACCUUGAAGGGGUCAACAGUGGAGCUGUCCUGCUCUUACACAUAUCCCAGUGGUUAUAUCGUCACAACAACCUUCUGGUUCACAAAAAAUGAUGCUGAGGGGAAUCCUGUGAGUCUGAGUGAUGACCCAGACUACAAAGGUCGUGUGAUGUACCAUAGAGAAAAGAAGAAUGACCAAAUCCUGACAAUCACAAACCUGAAAGAGAGUGACUCAGCUAUGUACAUGUUCAGAUUUAUAACAUAUCAGGCUGGAGGGAAAUAUACUGGCAGUCCUGGAGUCACUCUGUCUGUUACAGACCUGCAGGUGAAGGUGACUCCUACAUGGUGGGCAACGUCGAAUACACUGACCUGUAGCACCACCAGCUGUCCUCUGACUGGUAACCCCACCUACAUCUGGUACAAGAACGGACAGAUCGUAACUGACAACACUUCCCCUUACUCAGUCCUCCCUAAUGAUGUAGACAGCUACUCCUGUGCUGUAAAAGGCCAAGACUAUCUUCACUCUCCGGCAGUGGGUGUUCAGUGUCAGAGCUGCAACAGAGUGACUUACACCAAGAGGACAAUCUGUGUCUUGAAGGGGUCAACAGUGGACAUAUCCUGUACUUAUGUUGGUUAUUAUUACACCACAUCAUCAUUCUGGUUUAGAAGUGAUAAGUCGACCCCUGAAGACCUAACCACAGAACCAGGGUAUGCAGGUCGUGUGGAGUACACUGGAACAUACAGAGGUCCCUUCACCCUGAGAAUCACAGAUCUGAGAGAGGAGGACUCAGCUGAGUAUCGCUUCACUUUUAAAACAGACAACUUUAAAUGGGGUCAUAGUUUCCCAGGAACAACUCUGACUGUCACAGACCUGCAGGUGAAGGUGACUCCUGGCACAGUGACAGAAGGAUCAUGGGUUAUACUGACAUGUAGCACCACCUGUACUCUGACUGACAACCCCAUCCCCACCUACAUCUGGUACAAGAAUGGAGAAUACCUAUUUUCUGACUCCUCUCCCCAGUAUCAAUACUCAGUCAGUAGAGGAGGUUCUGACAGCUACUCCUGUGCCUUAAUAAGAGGCCAUGACAAACUCAGCUCUUCCAAAGUCACAGUGGGAACAUCUUCUCUGAGCUGCUUAAGGGUGACCUACACCAGUAGAAGCAUCUGUUCCUUGAUACCAUCCGAGGACCUGCCUUGCACUACCAUAUAUUCCACAGACCUGCAGGUGAAGGUGACUCCUGACACAAAGGCAGGGAAGAAGACACUGACCUGUAGCACCACCUGUACUCUGACUGACAACCCCACCUACAUAUGGUACAGGAAUGGACAGUCUCUUCCUCGGUCCACUUCCCAACAACUCGCUAUCUGGAGUUCUGAAACAGAGAGUUACUCCUGUGCUGUUAAAGGCCAUGAGGAUCUCCGCUCUCCUGCAGUGUGUGUUCAGGGUCAAAACCGCUGGAGUGUGACUUACACCAAGAGGAGAAUCUGUGUCUUGAAGGGCUCCACAGUGAACAUAUCCUCCUCUUACACUCAUCCCACUUGUUAUAUAGAACAAGGUUCAUUCUGGUUUACACAGAAACACCCUGUAGAUCUCAGGUCAUAUCCAGAGUAUGCAGGUCGUGUGGAGUACAAUAGGAACACAGAGAACCACCACACCAUGACAAUAACACACCUGACAGAGAAUGACUCGGCUGAAUACAAAUUCAGAUUAAUAACAACAUACGAGGGGAGAUUUUCUGGCCUUCCUGGUGUGAUGUUGACUGUCACAGAUAUCCUGUUGGAGAUGGAUCCUAUGUCUGUGUCAGAGGGGGAGAGAGUCACACUGAGAUGUAGAACCCAAUGUACAAUCGGUCUCAACCCCACCUACAUCUGGUACAAGAACGGACAAAGUCUGACCAAACCAAUCACCAGUUAUAACAGCCUGAUCCUAGACCCAGUCAGCAGUGAGGAUGCAGGGAACUACUCCUGUGCUGUAGAAGGCUUAGAGAGAAUCCUCUCUCCAGAAGAGACUCUCACUGUCAGAUAUGGCCCAAAGAACACCUCAGUGUCAGUCAGUCCCUCUGGUGACAUAGUGGAGGGCAGUUCAGUGACUCUGACCUGCAGCAGUGAUGCCAACCCACCUGUGCAGAGUUACACCUGGUACAAGAAGAAUGGUGGUCACUAUCAGUUCUCCUAUGGGAUCACAGGACCACAUCUUGUCUUCAAUCAAAUCAAGUCCUCAGUCACUGGAGAGUACUGCUGUGAGGCCUGGAAUGGGAUUAAGACGGGGAGGUCUGAGUCAAUCAACAUUGAUGUGAAAUACGCUCCACAGAACAUCUCAGUGUCAGUCAGUCCCUCUGGUGAAAUAGUGGAGGGCAGUUCAGUGACUCUGACCUGCAGCAGUGAUGCCAACCCACCUGUGGACAAAUACACCUGGUACAAGAAGAACGUAACCUCACCAAAAGCAUCAGGACAGAGUUACAGCAUCACUAACAUCAUCUCUGAGGACAGAGGAGAAUACUACUGUGAGGCCCAGAAUAGAAAAGGAUCUAUGAACUCUACAGCUCUGAUGAUCAUUGUAGCAGGGAAACAAAUAUCAGUUGUGACUGCAGCUGUAGGAAUCAUUGUUGUUGUUCUGGUUCUCAUCCUCUGUCUCUCUGGACUCAUGUGGUUCAGGAAGAAGAACUCCACAUCCACCUCCAACACAAGAGACACAGCAGAUGAUGGACAGGGAGACUCUAGUCCAGUGUAUGACAACAUCUCAAACAUGGCCAUGACCCCUACUGCAGCACAGACAGAGUCCACAUACGACCAGGAUGAUGUUCACUAUGCCAGCGUCCACUUCUCUCACUCCAAAAAACAGGAAGUGCCUCUGUACUCCACCGUCCAAGUGCCUCAGCCCCAGAAACAGGAUGAGGAUGUCCACUACGCUGCUGUGAAAUUCAACCUCCCCUGUUCUGCCACCCAACCAGCAGCAGCACAAGCAGCUGAGGUGGAUGCCUCUGAGAUCUACAGUACAGUCAACAAACCCAGAACCAAGAAGACUUGAACAUAACAAACCCAGAACCAAGAAGACCUGAACACAAAGGCCCAGAACCACAAACCCAGAACCAGGAAGAACUGAACACAACAAACCCAGAACCAGGAAGACCUGAACACAACA